GACUUGUUUCUCUGUCUUUGUUUCUACUUUAUUCUUUAGAAGGCGGUGAUGCUGUACUCACCACUAUAGUUUAUUCGCCUUGAUCAGUGUGUGAUCUUCAAGCAGGUUGUAGCUACUGUUGAUCUGUGGAUUGUUGUCUGAUAUUUCAGUUAUCUAGAAGAAAGCCAUGGCACUCGUCACCAGAGGACUCCAUAGGAUAUUCUUGUGGACCAAAAGACAAAAUAAUACAAUUACAGGACCCUUUUUGCAUGGUGUGAAGUGCUUCGAGGAGACCAGCAUGGAGAACAAAGUCACGCAGAUCUCUCGAGAAGAUCUGGAGGACCUGAGAGAAGCUUUCAACAAAAUCGAUAUCGAUAACAGUGGCUAUGUGAGUGAUUUUGAGCUUCAAGAGCUCUUUCGAGAAGCCAGUUUUCACCUCCCGGGAUACCAGAUACGAGAGAUUGUGGAGAAGUUCAUUGCCGGUGACACCAACAAAGAUGAGAAGAUCAGUUUCGAAGAGUUUGUUGCGAUAUCCCAAGAGCUGAGAAGUAAAGAAGUGAGAGAAACUUUCCGCAAGUGUAUCUCCAGGCGGGAUGGGAUUCGGUCAUUUGGUGGGACAUCGGGGAUCUCGAGUGAAGGAACCCAGCAUUCCUACUCAGAUGAAGAAAAAGUGGCCUUUGUGAACUGGGUCAAUAAAGCCUUGGCAAACGAUCCCGACUGCAAACAUCUGAUCCCGAUGGACCCCGGGACUGACAGUUUAUUCAAAUCCGUGAAAGAUGGAAUUUUGCUGUGUAAAAUGAUUAACCUGUCACAGCCAGACACCAUCGAUGAGCGGGUCAUCAACAAGAAAUGUACUCCGUUCACAAUGACUGAGAAUUUGAUGUUGGCUCUCAACUCUGCCUCUGCGAUCGGCUGUACGGUGGUCAACAUCGACGCGCAGGACAUGAAAGCCGGGACCCCUCACCUUGUGCUCGGCCUCCUGUGGCAAAUCAUAAAAAUCGGCCUCUUCGCUGACAUCGAGAUCUCGCGCAACGAAGCGCUAAUUGCUUUGCUGGAUGAGUCAGAAGAGCUGGACCACCUUAUGUCAAUGUCCCCUGAGGACCUUUUGCUCCGAUGGGUCAACUAUCACCUCAAAGCUGCUGGAUGGAAACAGAUCAGAAACUUCGGUGAAGAUAUCAAGGACUCCAGGGCAUAUUUCCACCUGCUUAAUCAGAUCUCACCCAAAGGAGACUUGGAUGACCAGAUGAGGAUUGACAUUGACAUGUUAGGACUGAGCGAGCGUGAUGAUGAGAUGCGAGCAGAGCUGAUGCUGAGGCAGGCGGCUCGUCUGGACUGCAGACAGUUUGUCACUCCCAAGGACGUGGUUGCAGGAAACCAUAAGCUCAAUAUGGCGUUCGUGGCCAAUCUUUUCAACAUGUACCCGGCCUUGAACAGACCCACCGACAACGGCAUUGAUUAUGCAAUCGAGGGGGAAACGAGAGAGGACAGAACAUUCAGGAACUGGAUGAAUUCUCUGGGGGUCUCUCCAUACGUCAAUCACCUAUACAGUGAUCUGCACGACGGCCUCAUCAUUCUUCAGUUAUAUGAGAGAAUCCAGAUACCGGUUGACUGGCCCAGAGUCAACAAACCUCCUUAUCCUGUACUCGGCUCCAACAUGAAGAAGCUUGAGAAUUGCAAUUAUGCGGUCGCGCUGGGCAAAAAGGAAGCAAAGUUUUCCUUGGUAGGAAUCGGCGGUGAGAAUAUCAAUGAGGGAAGCCCCAUGCACACGCUGGCACUGGUCUGGCAACUAAUGAGAAGGUACACACUGAAGGUUCUGUCUGAUCUUGGGGAUGGGGAAAAAGUCAGUGACCAAAUAAUAAUCAACUGGGUGAACAGCACCCUUAAACAAGGCAAUAAAAACUCCUCCAUUAGCAGCUUCAAGGACAAAUCGAUCAGCACAAGCCUGCCAGUGAUUGAUCUGAUCGACACCAUUGUGCCCAAAGCCAUUAAAUACGAGAUGGUGAAGAGCGGCGACAUGACGGCAGAGGACAAGCUAAACAAUGCAAAAUAUGCAAUCUCUGUGGCACGAAAAAUAGGAGUCAAGGUGUACGCCCUGCCCGAUGACCUUGUGGAGGUCAAACCCAAGAUGGUGAUGACGGUGUUCGCGUGCCUUAUGGGAAGAGGCUUGAAGAAAGUCGACGGCUGACCUUUGUGAAGGACUCUUGUCAGAAACACACAACCCUCACGUUGCACUUUUCCUUCUCCUGACUUCCAUUUAUAGCUUUAUAGUGAAUAUGUUGUUUUCAGAUCAACGUAGAGUGGAGAUCCAAAUUAGAGAACUACUGGAUUUUUCCAAAUUUAGUUCAUAAUUUGAAGGAAUAUUAGUUUUGGUUGAAUCAUGCUUCUAAUAAACAUUUGCGCUCGCUUUGCCAUUUACAGUUGAAGUCAGAAUUAUUAGCCUUCUUGAAUUAUUAGCCACCCCUGUGUAUUUUUUUCAACAAAAUAAAUCUGUUUUCACAACCCAGGCUCAUUCUGAAAACGUACCCCUAUAUACAUUUCUGGAGAGCGCCAAAAGUGUCCCUGGAGCUACAUUUUUUAUUUUUUCUGCAGUUUUUUUGUUUUCGUGAAUCCACCAGAGGCCGCUGUGUUUGCUUUCGAAGAUCUCAAAUUUCUCUCGUGAGUGCCAUUCGUGCCUGCUGUUCUCGCGUAAAUCCACCAGAGGCCACUGUCUACUGACUGACUGACCGAUUGACUGAUUGACCAAACUAAUAGUGUUUUUAAAAGCAUUGAUUGACCUGAUCACCCUCUUCCCUAAACCCAAACAGCAGUGUUUUCAAAAGCAAUCCAGAAAAAGAAAAGCCCUCGUUGGAUUUUUACCACGUUUUCAGAUUUUACCACAUUCUCACCCUGUUAUUUACUUGUUUAUUUUUUGGCUUCUGUUUUUGUCUUCCCUGCUUUCUGAAACCAUUCUUCGCCCGACUCUAAGCAUCUUUUGAAUGAUUUACUAAUGGCCGUGAGCGUUUUGCGCGGUGCUUAUGCACCCUGUAUGCCUCGCGUUUUAACCACUUUCUGCGCCUCUCGUUUUUGCCUUUGCACGCUGUACGCUCGCAGUUGAAAAAAAGUCAACUCUGAGCGUUACGUCAGCCAUGUCUUUUUCAUUAUCCAAUCAAAUGAAAGCAGAGGCGGGGUUUCUGUUGAGGUGAGAGCAGUGAUUGUGUUCUUAAGGCGACUACCAAGACUUUUGAAGAUAGAGGAGAGACUUGUGGUUGCUGUUUUGAGUUAUCCGGAGCUGUAUGACUUCACAAAUCUUUAAUAUCACAAUAUUAUUAAAUAUGAAAAUUAUAACAAUAUCAACAGCAACACUCACGCACAAUACCCAUGAGAUUCAGUCAUUUCCUAGAAACAUUAAAAGUGCAGUGCACUUCUUUUUUUCUGGUCAACACAAAGGCAUUGUGGCAUGCCUCGCGUUUUUGGAACGUAAAGCACAUUCGGUGUGAUCGAUCCCUUACGCGCCCUGCAAGCCUCACAAUUUAGCCACCUUUUGCGCCUUGCGCUUUUGCCAUUGUAUGCAGUGCGCUCGCAGUUGAAAAAAUCUAUUCUGAGUGGUAAAAGCGCAUUACGUCAGUCACGUCUUUUUUUAUUGUCCAAUAAAAUGAAAGCAGAGGCGGGAUUUCCAUUGAGAUUACAGCAGUGUUUGUGUUGUCGAGACAACUACAGGGACUUUAAAGAUGGAAGAGAGACUAGUGGUUGCAAUUGUACCGAAAUCAACAACACUCAUGCACAAUACACAGCUGAUUCGGUGGUUGCCUAGUGACAUAAAAAGCAUGCGCGCUUCUUUUUUUUGUUUGUUACCCAAACAUACUUUGAGUGGUGCGGCUAAGUUUUUAGAACGGAAAAACAUGUUCGAUGUGAUCGGCCCCUACUAUCACAUAAAUAUUUAAUUAAAUAUUUAUAAUUUUAGAAAUUUUAUUAUUAUUUUAUUUAUAAAUUUUUAUAAUAAAUUAAAAAAAAAUCACAUUAGAGCUAAUAAUUGCAAUUUUCGCCCCAUAGACGUCCAUUUAUAUGCAUGGGAAUGGGCGUUUUGCAUGUCACUGUGUUCGAAAGCUCAAGUUUGGUGAACUGUGUCCUAGUGUUGUCACGAUACUGAAAUUAUGGUACCAAUUGUUACUGAAAUUAAAAACUCCCAUUUCCCGCUAACAUUUAAGCGAUGUUGAGCGUGUUCCUAAAUGCCACUGGUUUAGGAAAUUUGGUUCUCUAAUUUUGAUCUCCACUGUAAAUAUACCCUCAGUCACCAACACUUAAAGUGAGUGUUUCUCAACCACGUUCCUGGAGGACCACCAGCACUGCAUGUUUUAGACAUCUCCUUCAUCUGUCACACCCAUUACAGGUCUUUCAGUCUCUGCUAACGAGCUGAUGAUCUCAGUCAGGUGUGUUUGGUUAAGGAGACAUGGAAAUGUGCAGAGUUGGUGGUCUUCCAGGAACGUGGUUGAGAAACACUGCUUUAAGGCAAUAUUUUUUAUAAAUAUAUAUAUAUAUAUAUAUA